UCUGACAGCUGCAGCGUGUAAAGCGGCUUAGAUUUGACAGACCACAGAGGGGCUUGUUUAGAAAGUGCAGUGUGUGCGAUAUGCGAAUGCAACAGGAAUGCGAAACAGCCUGGCUUAUACGGAUGCUCUGAAAAGGAGACACAUGGAACUCAUCGAGCGUUGAUUUAAAAGAAAAAAAACACACAGGACAGGAGGAUAUAAAACAAGAGAGAAAAGAAAACACAAAAGUGGAGAAUCGUUCUGGAAGGACACUUAUAAACAGGGCUGCUGAAAAUUAAGAAAACAAAAUGCUGCGGGCGUUCUCCUUUCCUAUGAGCCUGGAACGCAUCAGGAAUAAGGAGAGGUUGGAAGCGAGUCUGGCCGGGCUGUGUGAGCUGGACUUUCUGAAGCAGAGGCAGGAAUACCUGGUUCACAGCGCGCUCCGAAUCGGGCUCCAGGGCAAUAAGGCAGCCGCCCCCCGAGCUCUGCAAGCCGAACCCGCCAGGAGGAGCCAGGACGAUUUCACUUCCAGACAGCAACUGAAUGGGCUGGUGUCCGCGUUGGAGCAGCAGGUGGGGGAGCUCCAUGUGCAUGAUGGCCCCCUCCUCACGGACCCCUCCUCUGAGCUGGGAGACAGCCGGCCAAGCUCAGGUUUUUACGAGUUGAGUGAGAGUCUGUCCCCCAUUGGCCAAUCAGAUUCUUCCGUUUUCGGGGACUUCCUGCCUGGCUACGCGAGGAUGGGGGGGCUGGCCGAAGCCCGCAUGAAUUAUGCUAAUGAGCGCCCCAAGUCUGUAGGUGACCUCUUCCUGAUGGAUCAGGAGUCUCUGGGCCUUCUCUCCGACAGCAGCCCCCUCUCCCUGGUCCCUCGCUCCUUCUCCUCCCCCUACCCACACUCCCCCGAAGGCACAGCCGAGGGGCGCUACCCCUGGGACUCUCCCUACUCCUUCCCCGGGCCUAGCCAGAUGCGUUCCUGCCACUCUGAGCAGCCCUACCAAGACUCCGGCGAGCAGCCCAGCGCGGGAGACUUCCAGCAAGCACACCGCGUAGAGAGCUACAUCCUGGGGCUGCUUCAGAGGAGAGCCCUGCCUCCCAGACCCUCCAUACCUCGCACCAGCCUCUCCUCUGAGCCUCCCAAGGGCCUGGCCAGGCAGAGCAGCCUCUGUCGCAGGCAGGCGGAGUCCGGAGAGAGCAGGUACACCCAGGGAGGGAGCGUAAAUCCCUCCCAAGGCUUCGAGGGCAAGACCAGGCCACUGUGGGCAGGCCAGGGGAUGGAACAGGUGGAGAGCUACCAGGAAGAGGCCCUGUCUCAGCUGUACCAGAGGCAGCCCCUCAGACCAACCUCCCUGGAGUACCGCCACCAGGAGCAGGCAUCCCUCGAACCAAACCUGGGAGAUGCAGGGAGUGAGCCGGAAUACCAGGAGGAGCUGGAAGAGCAGGAGUACCCCCAGUCCCCAGCCUCAGCCUUCCAGUACUGCGAGGCGUACCAGGAAUACCGAGGGCAGAGGUCGCCCCUGGCCGACGAGGAGAUGGUGAGCGCUCAGUACAUCCCAGCCCAGCAGUCCAGCAGGAGUUCGGGGGCACACAGCUACCAGAGACACCUCAGCAAGCAAGCCUCCUUUGGGGGCCGGAGCCGCGGAGAGUCGCCCCGCUCCCCGGAGAGGUUCCCUUUCCAGCACCCCAGCAGGGCUAAAACGACACCCAAGAAGUGUCGCUUCACAGAGGACGGAGGCCCCAGAUCCGGGGCCAAGAAAUCAGGCAAGAAGGCCUGCAGGUCCCAGUCUGAAAACAGCCUAAUGGGGCAGCGAGGUGCCCCGGAGCGGAGGUACAACACAGUGGAGAGGGAAGAGGUGUACGGACGGGGGUCCCAGCAGCAGCACCAGAGGCCCAAGCGAGCGAGCGGGAGUGGAGGCAGCAGUGGCAGCAGCGAUGGGGGUUACCGGAAGUGGAGGUCCACUCUAGAGAUCAGCCAGGAUGAGGAUGAAUCUCAGUCUCAGAGACGCUCCCGGAAACAACGCCUUCCUCCACUCCCCCUGCCACCUCCCCCUUCCAGACCCCUGUACCAGGCUGAUUUCGGGGAGCCCCUCUCCCCACCGCGGGCCCCAGUCUGCCUUCCGGAGGAGGAUCUGCAAGGCUAUGCUGUGCCCAGCCUGGGAGACAGCGAGACCAGCCUGAGUGAGGAGGUAGACUCCCCGGGGUCCAGCUCACUCUCCAGCGAUUCGGAUGAGAGCGGGGGGCUGGUGUGGCCCCAGCAGCUGCCUCCCAAGCUGGGGGGGCCCCCCUCGUCCUCCCCCUCCUCCUCCGCCUGCACCCCGGCAGGCGCCCAGCCCAAAGUCUUUGUGAAGAUCAAGGCUUCGCACGCUCUGAAGAAGAAGAUACUGCGAUUCCGGACAGGGUCCCUCAAAGUCAUGACCACUGUGUGAGGACUGCUACAGGGGACCACAAUCUAUCAUCUAGAGCCAAAUCCAUGGACCACUGGCUUUCACAAAGUUCAUUAUUGCUGUGCUUAUUCCUAAAGAAAACUGAACAUUUUUAGAAUCUCCGGUGCCAAUUCCAGUUAAGCUUACCCGAUUAUGAUUGCCAUCAUUUCAUAGGUCUGAGAUUUACGUGUAUGAAAAACACAUUCAUUUUGAUAAAGGUGAAUUCGAUGGAGAAGAAUAUUUAUACUGUACUUUAAUGAUGUGCUUCCGGUCAACUUACAUUUGAGAAGUUUUCAGGUUAUUUUUUUUCUGAUUGAAGCAUAUAUAUUUAAAAACAUGCGCACAGGAAGAUUGAUCUUGUGUAAAGGUUCCAAAGAAAAGAGCGCAAGAGACAUUUGCCAGCUUUAUUGUUUAGAAAUGCUAUGAAAAAAUACCAUUGUGUGCAUCUUUCAUGUAGGAAGACUUGAGAUCUAUGAAGUGAUGGCAAUGCAUAUUAGGCAAACUUUACUUUUUAUAUGGUUGGCUCACUAAAACCAGAAAUUAGAUAAAACUGAGAUAUUGCUUCAGUAUUGCUGAAAAUUAUAUCGUGUCUCUAUUUUCUAGCAACAAUUUGCCUCGUAUUCCCCACUGACAGAAUUAAAUGGGAUCAAAACCUAAAGAGCCUUUCUGCGGAUCUCAACAAGUCGUAUGCGACUCAAGAACCACCCAUUGACCAGCCCUGGUUUGUAUCCCCUUCAGUCACAACUUUUUCAGGACAUUUUUUUUAAACAGUUUAUGUGAACUCUAUGGGGUUUGACAAUGUGCCAGGUCAAAACUUUAAAAACAAACCAUAUAUGUAUUAUAAAAGAGAUGCACAAACAGUCAAACUAAGCGACUGAAGGGGAUUUAAAUUAUACACCGUACAGUAUUCUAUUCCUAAACCGCUUCUAGGCCAUUGCUGAAGAAGCCAGUCUAGAGAAAUCUGCGAUUCUAUUUUUCUUACUCUGUGUUGAAGCUUUGUUAACAAGGGACCUUGCUGUACUGUCACAUGGUUUGUUAAAACCCAGUUCUAGUGGUACAGCAAUGUGAUUCCAAUCAGUGUACUGUCUAAUGGGAGCAAGGCAUGGAUCUUCACACAGAGUCUCACUAUAUAUCUGUGCAGGGUCAGUAUAUUAGUUCUUGGGCUGCAGUGCACUGUAGGUAUUGUUUGGAGUGUAUUUCUCUCCUCCCUUUUCCUGCAAUCCUGUCGGAACUUCGAUGAGACUGAGGUCCUAUUGUAAGUGACUCUGCAGCAGCAGUUGUGAUGCAUAGUUCACCCCCUAGUCUCUGUAAGUCGCUUUGGAUAAAAGCAUCUGCUAAAUGACUAAUUAAUAACAAUAACUACACCCAGGUAGGAUUCUAUUAUUAAAACAAUGGCUUUUUGAAGACAGCAAUAUAUAAUACCACUCCUGCAAAGAUUCAUUCAAAUAUUGUGCUGCGUUUUAAAAAGGACGGCACCAAAAAUCAUUCACAUAGUUAGAGGUUAAGUUGUGGGGAAGUUUCCAGUGAAGCUAAUUGGAUUAUUUGGUGACACUUCGUCAGGAUAAGCCACAGAUGAAUUUUUAGAGCAUUUUACAGCAUCAGAGAUUCUUAUAUUUAGUGGUAAUCCUGGGAUAACCACAUAGUGAAGGAUACAGAGGCAUUAGGCUAGUUGAACUAAUUAGAGACAAUCUCUAUGUCUGUCUAGCAUUUCCGACUCCAGAUUCAGAGGUGUAUUUGUAGGGUAAUAUGGAGGAUUUUGCAGUGGUCAAUCUCUUACACACAGGGCUGUAAAUAAACCAUCACGAUAAGGCUGUGCAAAGACCACAAAGCUCUGAUGAAAUAAGGAACCAGUCUUGAAAACAGUUCAUCGAUAUCACUGCUCUAAAAAACUUGGGGAGGUUUUCUGGGGUCUGCGUAGAGCGGAAUGUGUGAUUGUGAAAAGGUUCUGUAAGUCAAGAAGGAGGAUCACUUCAUGUAGAAGGAAGUGUACAGCUUGAAGGAAUUGUGUAUAAUAUAUAAAACUAUAGACAAGGGAACUUUGGGAAACUGUUUGAAUAGCUUUUGGUGUUCUAUAUUGAAACAUCAAAGCUCUAUCAAAUGUCUACCAGCGACAGUAUUAUUAUAUAACUGCUGUAUACUUUUCCGAAAUAUCACACAAUAUGGUUGAAUAUUUAUACUACAGUUUAUUGUAUAUUCAGUGUUAUUCUCGACAGUAUUUUGAUCAAGGUAGCUUCUAAUGUAUUUAUUAUCUUUGAACAAUGACGUAAUUUCCUUGUAUUUGUAUGGUGAUGCUGCAGCUUUGUAUAUACAUGUAAAUAACUUGUAUUUAUGAGUGCAUCCUGUAAAGAAACAAGUCAACUUUUCCACUGUCUCUGCUUUUUAAUUUGGUGGGGUAUGACGGUGAAUGGGGUGCAUUUGAAAAUGCUGGACAGUGGCAGAUCUUAAUAGCACCAUCCAUGAUUUUCUGUGAGUCUCAUUUAACUGUUGAAAGUGAACGAUACCAGGCAUCCCCCUUCACAGCUGCAAAUUCAAAUCGGAGUGAUCUGUACGAUGGAAACCUUUACCAUGACAGAAUAGUAUAGAAUAAGAAUUAGCAAUGAAAUGUUUAAUCACAAUGUGGUCAUCACUUCUCUAUAUGUAUGCAAGAACCAUCAAAAACCUUGUGCUGUACU